CUUUAAAAACCAAAGGCCUCACGCAGAAAUCAGGGUGCGUUUUUUUGUCCGAGAAGGGGGGCGAAUCCGAUCUGAGAGGCUUUAAAAACCAAAGGCCUCACGCAGAAAUUAGGGUGCGUUUUUUUGUCCGAGAAGGGGAGGAAGAAGAGCCGGUGCGCGAGGGAUGAAGAAGUACGGACUCCAGCUUCGAUUUCCGCCGGCGCAGAAGACCUCGAAGCCAGCUCCUCCUCGCCCUCCCCCUCCUGCCUGCGCUUUCGGCGGCGGCGACGACGAGGAUGACGUCGAGAGGGAAAUCUCACGGCAGGCGUCCAAGAACAAGUCUCUCCAGAAGAUCGAGGAGCAGCACAAAAAGGCAAUGGAAGAGGAUCCCUCGGUCUUCGACUACGACGGGGUUUACGACGAGAUGAAGGGGAAGAUUGCGCGCCCCAAGGUUCAGGAUCGAACGGAGAGAAAGUCAAAGUAUAUAGAAACACUUAUGGAGAAAGCAAAACAACGUGAGCGGGAACAUGAAAUUGUAUAUGAGAGAAAGCUGCUGAAAGAGAGGAGCAAGGAUGAUCACCUUUUUGCAGAUAAGGAAAAGUUUGUAACCAGUGCCUACAAGAAAAAGCUAGCAGAACAAGCAAAAUGGUUGGACGAAGAGAGGCUGCGCCAAAUUCGUGAAGAAAGAGAUGAUGUAAGUGGCUCGUAUCUUUCUUUUUGCUGCUUUGCUUUAUUUUUCUUGUUGCAUAUGUAAUGUGAUUUAUGCAACCUUUUGUGCAUAAAAAACAUCCACUGUUCAACAAAAUGUGGUGUAUUCGACAAUUGAUUUUGUUUUUCUCUGGUGGAAGAAUAAAAGCUUAAAAUCACUUCAUUGUUGUAGAAUCAGCUCAUCAGCAAUUGCCUUUUGUAUGUUUAUCUGGGCUUUUUUGAGAAGCCAAAACCAUGAGUUUGUCGGG